UCGCCACUAAUAUUUUAUUGUUCAGUGGCUACGGACGUGUACGUUUCAUCGUGCGGGUUGGACAAGAAAAAUGGCGAAAACUGUCGGUCGUGCGUACGCGCAAAUCGCAAUUUUAUUAACUAUAUACGGAUCAAUACAAUGUGUGAAAUCAAUAUCGCCCGAUACCUACGUUGCGCUCGACACCAAACUCGCAUACAUUAACCCAGAGAAGAUAGUCAGGUUGUCGGAUGCAGUGCAGCAGAGUCACGCUGGGGAUGAGCUGCUGCGGCGGCGCCGUGCUGCACCAACGGGCACGGCGGACUCGCCGCCCGUUCUGGGACCGACAAUGGAUGUCAAGCAUCAGUAUCAGAGCGUGAGCGCCAAUGUGAACGCGAGCGGAAGUGUCGCAGCAGCAGCAGACGGAGCCACAACGGUCACCACCGUGGACAGCAAGGCCGCUGCAACGGGCAGCGUUACCUACAACGUGCACAACGUGGGCGUCAAUGGCACUGGGCAGCGCAAGGACCUCAGCAGCAGCAGCAGCGGCGAUAUUGCCAACAGCACCAAUGGCACCGCCAGCAUCAAUGUGUCGGCUGCUGUGCCCAGUGCGCCGCCAAAGAAAACGCAGCUGAUGGCAUCGCAGCCAAUGCAAUAUCCCAAGAAGGUGGCAUCCCAAGCCGCGCAGGCAACGACAACAACCACCACAGAUCGUGCGCUGAUCGACGAUGUCGAUGUGUCCGACGAGGUCAUCACCAAGGAGGCCAACAAAUCCCAGCUGACCCGGUACGAGGAUCACUACGACUACUAUCGCAGCCUGCUCUACGAGAACAAGAGCGAGACUGAUGAGAUCUGGUCACAGUAUCGCAACAUACCAGAGAACAGUAUGCUGUCCUCCUCGCAUCGCCGAGCCAUGACCGUCGAACUGAAGUUCGCGUUCCCCUUCUACGGUCACUAUGUGCGCAACAUAACCGUGGCCACCGGCGGCUUCCUCUACACCGGAGAGUACGUCCACUCCUGGCUGGCGGCUACUCAAUAUAUAGCACCGCUGAUGGCCAACUUUGAUACGAGCAUGUCGAACGAUUCGUUUGUGCGGCUACUGGACAAUGGCACCGCCUUCACCGUCGUCUGGGAGAAUGUCACGCUACAGGAUAAGCCCAAUUAUGGCAAAUUCACGUUCAGUGCCACGCUGCAUAAGACUGGAGACAUUGUGUUCGUCUAUUAUCAGCUGCCCAUGCAGAUCAACAACAUACAGGAUAAUCAGCAUCCGGUCAAGGUCGGACUCUCGGAUGCCUAUAUCGUGGACAAGAUGCUCUUCUUUGCUCGCCGCAAGACCAUCUAUGAAUAUCAUCGCGUCACAUUUAGCCAGCAGGAAAUCAGGAAUUCGACAAUUGUCGUCCUCACUGCCCUGCCCACAUGUCUCGGCUACUCCGACUGUCAGGGGUGCAUUAAUCACAAUACCACAUUUGAGUGCGUUUGGUGCCCCACGCUGAACCGUUGCUCCACAAGCACUGGCAACGAUCGCAGAAAGCAGGAAUGGCAGCAAAAGGGCUGUGAUCGUUCGAUGAUUAGCAGCAGCGAUGCUUGCCCGGCGCUCGGCCAAAAGGGCAACAAUGCUGAACAAGAGAAUAACAGCAGUAACAACAGCAACAACAGCAGCAGCAACAAUAGCAGCAACAACAACAGCAACAGCAGCAGCAUACCCAGCGGGUCGCCCGACGCCAAUGGGUCAGCAGGCAGCGCACCGGCAACAGAGCCAACUAUUAACAGCACGCAGCAUCCGUCAAGCGGCACCUCAGCGACUGCAGGCCGCGCGGCCGGCGAUGGCGUCAAUGCCGAGAAGAGCGAACAUCUUGGCGCCGUGCUGCCAGAGAAUAAGAAUGUAGGCGUGGCCCUUGGCUUUAUGGUGCCCAUUUGUCUGGUGUUCGCGGUGACGCUGUGGCUCUUCUAUGCGUACCGAAAUCCGCACACACGGAGCGGUCAACUGCUCAUUCAGUCCAAGCAUUUACAUCAGUUCCGUCCCAGCCAGUGGUCAUGGCGACGCGGCGAGGCGCGCUACACGGCGGCCACGAUACACAUGUAGUGCAGCGGAGAGAUAUAAUCGUGCAUCUGUUGCGUGUCACUGGGAUGUAACGUGUCACAGACGUGACAAAAUAUCAGUUAAAAUCUCUCCCCCGCCUUCCCGCCCAAUCCUGCACAAACGCCUUACCUUCCGCCAGCCCCCCCAUCAGCAACUGCAACUGUGACUUGAUAUAGAACAUCAAAUUGAAAUAUAUAUAUAUUGAUGCAUAUAUGUAUGUGUACUAACCGGGCAGCUAUCGAUAAUUCUCACAGUUGUCCAUCGUUCAAUCUCUCAUCUCUUACAAACAAUUAACGAAAGCGUGUCUAAUCACAAUUACAAUUGCGAUGGAAAUACAUAUUUCAAUUUAAGCCGAAAGAGAGAGAGAGAGAAACAUAGCAGUAAAGUAUUUUGCAACACUGAGAACAGUAAUUAGCACUGCAUUAAGAAUAAAACUAAACGAAAUUUGAAGAACCCAUAACGAAAAAGAAAAGAAAAAAAAAAGACAACAAAUACAUUAAUAUCCUAAUCUGCCUAGUACAUUUUAUAAUUGUUGUGAAAGGACAACAUUGCUUUAAGGAUAAUUGAGUUCAAGCAAGAUGCUCUCCUUGUCUUCUUCUUCUACUUCCUCAUUGAAUAUCCGUGAUUUAGAUCCCUCCCUGUACCUUUAGUUCCCACCAAACAGCUAUGCAUAUAUACACACACACACACACACACGCACGCAUACACAGACACGGGGCACAGUGCUUUCAAUAUAGUAGUUCAAUUGUAAAAAACAUUUUUUCUGUUUGUUUUUUUUUUUUAUUAAUAUUAUUUUAUAUAUAUAUAUAUUUUUUUUAUAAAUAUGUGUGAAUUUGUUCUUUUGCGGCUCUCAAUUUUCAAUAAUUUUUAAUUGCAAACCUAAAGUAUAAAAUUGUAACUGUA